AAAACUCAGAAACACUCAGCAGAGACUGUGGAGAGAAGACCGUCAGAGACAGAAAGAGUGUGAAAGCUGUCCUGUGGAGGGAGAGACCGACUGUCUCAAGUAUUGAAUUAGGAUGUUUGUUCUCAUCUGGGCGACUCUGCUCUUCUCUGUGAGAGGCAGCAAUGCAGGUGCAUCGGUGAACUGUCAGAAUGGUGGAUACUGUAUCACUCUUACUGAAAGAGAAAUAACAGCAGAGGCUGGACUCUGUGUUGUGAUACCAUGUUCCUUCACUACUGAUUAUGACUUCACAACCCAACAUAUAGUUUGGUACAAAUGUGAACCAAGUAAAGACAGGUGUGAGGAUUCUGACAUAAUAUUCGACACAAACAAGAACAACAUAAACCUUCAGACUGGGUUCAAAGGACGAGUGUCACUGUUGGAGUCUGACCUGAGUCAAAAGAACUGCAGCAUCGUCAUCAAUGACCUCACUGCUUCAGAUUCUGGAUCAUAUCAACUCAGAGUUAAUGCGAGGACGGGCGGAUUUACAUUCCUUUCAAGAGCAACUGUCUCUGUUAAAGAUCUGAGUCAGAGGCCCAAAGUGAUGAUUCCUCCACUGACUGAGGGACAGCAGACCACACUGACCUGCACUGCUCCUGUUCUCUGCUCUGGAUCUGUUCCUACAAUCACCUGGACGUGGAGAGGAACAGGAGAGAACAACAUUCAAAUCACAGGAAACAUCAUGACUGAGAAUCUGACUGCUGUCACACAGAGACACAGCUCAACUUUGACCUUUAACUCUUCAGCUGAACACCAUGGCACCGAUGUCACCUGUAAGGUCAGCUUCACAGGUGACACAACUACAGAGGAGACGGUGACUCUGAAUGUGACCUAUGUGAAAGUCACUGGGAAUACAAGUGUGAAUGAGGGUGAGACCCUGAAUCUGACCUGCAGUGUUGAAAGUUUCCUUCCAUCUCUCAUCAUGUGGACCAAACUCUCCGACAAAAAUGUGAAAAAUGGAACAGAAUCUAAUCUGCAGAAUUACACUGAAACAGCCACUCUUAUCAUCCCUAAUGUGACAACAGAACAUGCUGGAAAGUAUAUCUGUACAGCAAAACAUUUGAACAACACCCUGACAAAAGAAGUCAACGUAACAGUGAUAUAUAUAAAGAAACCUGGAAUCACUGGGGAUGCAAUUGUUAAGGAAGGGGACACUCUGAAACUGACCUGCAGUGUUGAAAGUUUCCCUCCGUCUCUCAUCAUGUGGACUAAACUCUCCAACAAAAAUGUGAAGAAUGGAACAGAAACUAAUCUACCGAAUGACACUUUAACUGACCCGAAGAUCAGCACAGAAAGUGACCUGCAGAUUGACACUGAAAUAGCCACUGUUAUUAUCCCUAACGUGACAGCAGUACAUGCUGGACAGUACAUCUGUACAGCAAAACAUUUGAACAACACCUUGAUGGAAGAAGUUAACAUAACAGUGAUAUAUAUGAAGAAACCUGGAAUCACUGGGGAUGCAAUUGUUAAGGAAGGUGACACUCUGAAUCUGACCUGCAGUGUUGAAAGUUUCCCUCCGUCCCUGAUCACAUGGACUAAACUUGACCUCAACACAAACCUACAAAAUGGAAUUGAUGCUAACUUGCAGAACGACACUGGACUAUCCACACUUAUCAUCACUAACGUGACAGCAGAACAUUCUGGACGUUACAUCUGUACAGCAAAACAUGUGGACAGUACUCUGACUGUAUAUGUUGAUGUAACUGUGACUUGGUUUGCAAAGAUCCUAAAUGGCUCUGGAUGUGUGGCUCAGUCAACAGUUCUGACCUGUGGGUGUAUCAGUCAGGGGGUUCCCUUACCCACCAUUAAAUGGCCACUGAUGAAGAACCACAAUGAGUACUCUGUCAUUACCACUGUGUCAAACCACACAGUCAACAGCACCAUCACCCUAACUGUAAAAGACCACAGUAACACUGCUGUUGAGUGUGUCAGCAGCAAUGAAAAUGGAGAAGCAAAAGAAAAACUCACCGUCAUCCAAAUGAACACGCCAGAACAAGAAAGUCAAUCCAGAAGUUUACUAAAAAAUGUUUCAUGGCUGGAAAUCAUCAUUGCAUUUUUGACUGGGGUAUUUCUUUCAGCAACCCUUUGCUGUUUGGCAAAGAAAUGCCAUAGAGAAAAACAGAAGAGUUCUGGAAAUCUGGAUGGGACCCUGGAGAUGGUGACCACCCAAGAGGAUCCGCUGAUACAUGCUGGUCAAGCAGUGGAAGAUGAUCAGACUCACCACCAAGAGGCACCAAAAGAUGGAGCUGAGGCGGUGGAGAAAGGAGCCCCUGAUCUCGAUGGUGGACCAAAAGACGCGGAGUACGCCAGCAUUGACUUCUCCGUGUUGAAAAAAAGAAGUGCCAGGGGGGCAGCAAAGAAGCAAGAGACCACAGAGACAGAGUAUGCUGAAAUUAAGAGAGAGGAAAAAGUGGAAAGGCAAGACAGUGGCGGAGAGCCAGAUGAAGUGUUGGAGUGCAAAGAGGAGGAGGCCGUGAUAGUGGAGGAUGAGGAGAUAAAACAUUGUGUGCCCGAAGAGGAGGAAGCAGAGGAUGCUGCGCUGUAUUCCAAUGUGAAGGAUAUAAUAGGUGAGAUUUGAGGACUGUACAGCUUAGUGAAGUCACUUGAGGAUUAAGUUUCUUCUGUUCAUCAGACAUGAUUGAUUGUCAUUCUGAUGUGUAAAUGACAGUACUGUGUAAGCUUUCUACCACAGAGCAGUGAUCUUCAAGAGCAAAAUUCGACCUCAGGUAAACUGAAGUAAUCAGGACACUUCACACCUUUACACUUUUUGGCUGAUCAAAUCCAUCCAUGCAACUAAAAAUGGACUCGAAGUUGUACAGAAUUUCCUUGUUGAAAUGAUAUUAUAUACCUUUAACUAGGAUAAGUACUGCAUGUGCCCAAAGUGUCCCUGUAGUUUAUUCAAGUGUCCCUUCUAGAUGUCUCGUGUGCUUCUCUACUUCAGGCAAAAUCAACCUGAAGCCUGAACCCUGUUUAAGAACCCUGUUUUUAACUAGCAGCUUGGCUCUAUGGAUGGCAGUGUGAGUCUGUCAGUCUUACAGCUGGUUGGUCCACCACUUUGGUCCAGACUGAAAUAUCUCAACCUCUGGAUGGAUUGCAUGACAUUUUGUAAAGUCAUUCAUGAUUCUCAUAGAAGAGGGAACGUCAUACUAAGAAGCUGUAACCUUUGAAAAUACCCACUGGAUUUGCCAAACUUAGACUGCAGAAGCCUCUUAUUAGCUUCAGCUGAACUUUGGAAGCAAAUUUUUGGUCAGAAUAAAGACUGUACAUUUUGAUCCCCUUCUCCUGAAUUAUGAUCUCUAACACUGAGGAGUGGCUCUCUUCAGGGCCAGUAUGGACAGAAGGAAUAUUUUCAGCAAACAAACAUGGUUUUAAUGUACAUACAGUAUGGGGUAUUGUUUCAAGACAGACUUGAUAAAUGUGUAACUAUCCUCUAAAGUGGUGUGAAUUUGCAUGAAUGUUAAAUAGAAGUUUUCCUCUAAUAAUUUCCAGAAAUUAAUGAUGAUUACAUUUCAGUUGCAAUAGUUCUUGCAAAGAUAUUUAGAUUUUAAUUAAAUUUAACUUUUAAAGUUAAAAUAUUUGGACCUUAUUUGUAUCUAUAGCACUGGUACUGUUGUUGAACAAGAUAGAAACAGAGACGAUAGAUUACUUCCCCUUUUAAAAAUGUGUUGCAAGAAUCAUCCAGGCUCACAGUGGCCAGAGUGAGUAUGUUUUUAAUAUAAAAUACAUCUGUUUUUGUUGUGAAUUUAAAUGGUGAAUUGUCUG